CUUCGAAACUUGUUUUGAAAUUGUUUUUUAAUGGCCGAGAAACUUUUUUUCACGAUUUACAGUUAUAAAUAACAGAAACAAGCCUUGUUUUAUGGUGUAAUCGCAACAAUAUUUACAGAAAAUGGAAUCUCAACGGUUGUUAUCGUCGAAAGGGACUGUCCAAACACCCGACGAAAGUUUCGAAGAAGACUGGGCGGAAGAAUCAACUGGAAGUUCGUAUUAUUCAGAUUCUGAUAGUACUAUACCUGACUGGGAGCCCUACAUCGAUGAUUCUUCUGGAGAACUACUUUACAUCGACUGCCACCCCUUUGUAACACAUAACAAAGAUCACAUUAAGUUAGACAGUAAAAGCGAACCUUUUUCGAAGACCCAACUGCGUAAAAGUACCAGAGGAAAGUUCCUGAGGCUUAUUAGACGUAAGGAAAGCAGUAGGAGAAGUAAAAAAGCCCUAAGACCGACUGAAGAAGGGAGUGAAAUAAAUACGCAGAAGGUAAAAUUUCAAGAUUUUCAAGAAGGGGAACAGAAAAUAGUGACUCUAGAAAUAGACAGCGAGAAUCGGUAUAAUUUGUCCAGUGAUAAAUCACUUGCCGAGUCAUUGUUAGGACUGAUUGUCAGUACGUUAUCAGAUGGUAAUAGAGUAAUGAUAGCAGGAUUUUCCUAUGACAGUAAGGCCAAACAUGAGAGAAAUAUCAAGAUAGGAGAUUGGCUAAAGAGUAUUAAUAACAUGGACGUAAAUGUGCAGAAUCUUGAUGAUAUUCUCCAAAAGUUUAUCAAUCAUUCUGAGGUGCUUCUUACUCUUCAAAGAGUCGCUGCUACCGAGGUUACUAAAGAUCCUCCGAUAAAUGAAUUGAGUGUAGAGUCUGAUUUUGUGAGAGAACUGUUAAAUACAAACGAAGAUGAUGAAAAUCUAUCAGAAAAACUCUGUUCUCAUCCUUUAGGAGUGAUUUUUCUUGAUACAGAUAAAUGUAACGAAGCCAACGAAGAUAUUCUGUAUUUUUAUCCAAAACCACUAAAGAAAAAUAUACUUUCAAUCUGUAGAGGUGUCUUUAUCACCCUCAAUCACCUUUUGCAAGACUUAACCGAUACAAAACCCAGAACUAGUUCGAUACUACACAAAGGUAGACUGGCUCACAUAGUCUACACGCAAUUCGAGAAGCAUUUGCUGCUCUACAUGCUGCCAGACGAUCUGGCCAGCAUUAAGGAGAUCGUUUUGAUGAAUAGGGAGUUGAUAAAUUUUCUAGAAUUUCUCUAUGGAGAUCUGGAGAGGUGUUUUACGAAGAAUUGUAAUUUUAAACGUUUGGAUUGGUUGUUUUUUCGAUAUUUUGCAAGAAUUGUAAAUGGUAACAAAUGGGCUACUACCAAGCAAUUUUUGGAGCGCAUCGGUAAUCCAGAGCGGAUUUUUGACAGAACGGAUAGUUUUUUCGAAGAACUCAUGCCAGUGGUGCCAACAUUAAGCCUGCACGACGACGCUUUGAUGCAGAUUGACGAUGCCCUAGCUGAACUCGAAGCAAGCGACUAUAGAGAAUGGAACGAAGAUCCCUUGGACUGUCAAAGACUGUUCACCAUCCUGGGCAGUGCCUUAUUUCACUCAGGGUACCUUUUGGCCUCGCACAUGAUUCACGAAGAUUUGGUAGAAGUUUAUAACUUCUGCAAGCAGCAAGGGUUGGUACAUCUGUCUAGAACCGAACCUGUGAAAUCCUUGGUAAUGUGGAGGGAGGUAUUCCCAAGGUCUUGCAGAAGAAACUGUGGUAAUGAUUCAUUAAAUGCUCCCGAUGGUAGUCGGUAUCUCUUGGUGGUUGGCAGUGGAAAGGACUUUUUGGCUACAAUAAUGGAAGCAGGAGGUUGUACGGAGCCUCCCGAAGAAAACAUGGGACCGGAUGCUUUUUACGUGGAAGAGGCUCAAGCCACGUUGGCUCACGUCCAAGAGCUAGGCUUGAGCGUUGUGGCUCAGCGCUGUUUGCUGGCUAAUGGUGGCUAUGAAGUAGCCGCUCCCACCCCCUCACCUAACAAGCGAAAAAACGACUUUAUAGGAGCACUGAAUUUCUCUAAACCUACCUCCCCCAUGGUACUCAGGGAUUCCCCGGGCAGUACCAAGAAGAACGAGGUAACGUCCAUUCUGAAAAGAAGAAACGUCGAACAGCAUCUGUCUCAAGAGGAGGCGUACGACUUGUACUCUGAGGAAUCAGGGAGUCAGGCUUAUAGUGAGACCAGUGACGAUUCUGGUAGUAGAAGGACACGUCAAAAGUACGACUCGAACGACGAAGAGUCAGAUUUGGACGAAUUUGGGGGUAGCAGCCAGAUAAGCGGAAGCAGUUUCGACGUGUCCGAGGUCAGACAGGCGUUGUUGUCAGAUCUGGGGGAGUACACCCCAGCUCAGAUCACUACGGGGCCUCACAACGUGCUCUAUCACUUUGUUCACUUGGAUUUGACAGAGGGCGUCCUUAUCGGGCCUGUCGAAUGUUCCACGCUGUCACAAACCUAUGACGUCAUUCUGAACAACUUCAAAAAGUGCUGUCAAAACAUACACGGCAUUUUUCAGAAUACGCUACGUUUUAAGAACAUGUCAGCUCAGGAAAUAGCCAAAAGCCUGAUGAAUAAAAGUCUGAUAGCCAUCAAAGAGUACGGUACCCUCUUUGAGUGUCCCUUCCUCGAUGAAAAGGACAAAAAGGGACGGGUAUCUUACUGGGUGGUUGGAAGACUUUUUUACAUGCCCCACCCCAAGGAAGUAUACGUGUGUUAUCAGGAUUCCGUGCCCCAAAACGUGGUGGAACUGGCUUUUAAAAUCAGCCUGUAUAAUAAAGUGUGAAGAAGGUUUUUAUUUGACAGAGUUUGAAGGUGUAAAUAUGCAAAAAAAAAUGGAGAAAAAUAACCUGAGGAUGAUUAUAGAGAGAAAUAUCAGAGGUUAAUAGAGAAUUUUGUGUCCUAAGACCAUAAAAUAUUGUGAAAAAUGGUGAACAAGUUAUAUCUCGCUGUGAAAUUCACAUUUUUUCGUGUUAAAACUAUUUUUUACACAUAAAAAACUGUUUAAAAAUAAAUAAAAAAUAUUCUGAAUUUUUGCACAUAAAAAACUGAUUUUUCUAGGUAAUAAAAGUAGUUUUUUACGUGUAAAAAAUAGUUUACUACGUAAAAGAAAUAGUUUUUUACGCGUAAAAAAUGACAAUUAACGUUUAUAGAAACUAGUUUCUUUUUUCGACAUAAAGUACUAUUUUUUUGCGUAAUAAAAGUAGUUUUUUACGUGUUAAAAAUAGUUUACUACGUAAAAGAAAUAGCUUUUUACGCGUAAAAAAUUAUAAUUAACGUUUAUAGAAACUAGUUUCUUUUUUCGACGUAAAAACUAUUUUUUACACAUAAAAAACAAUUUUUUUUUCGUAAUAAAAGUUGUUUUUUACGUGUAAAAAAUAGUUUACUACGUAGAAGAAAUAGUUUUUUGGCGUGUAAAAAAUGACAAUUAACGUCUAUAGAAACUAGUUUCUUUUUUCGACGUAAAAACUAUUUUUUUACACAUAAAAAACUUUUUUUUGCGUAAUAAAAGAAGUUUUUUACGUGUAAAAAAUAGUUUACUGCGUAGAAGAAAUAGCUUUUUUUGCGCGUAAAAAAUGACAAUUAACGUUUAUAGUUUUUUUUUCCACGGAAAUAACUAUUUUUUACACAUAAAAAACUAAUUUUUCUACGUAAUAAAAUA